CCCCUGUUCAUCCCGUCAGAGUGAGACCAGGCCCACCUUAUCGUGAUAUAUCGACACGGUGUUUCUCUCGACCCUUGCGUGAGAUACCCCUUGCGACCCCCUACUGUUUGAGGGCGGAUGCCCGGAAUGCCUCAGAAUGUUUCAGUUUCAGGCCUUAGCAGUGGAUUGGUAGUUAUUUGCCGAGUUGCUGGGACAUCAUGGUUGAAUGGUGGAAGGGUCACACGCCGGCAACAUGAUGUCUAUUGGUGCAUACUCAACACUCAGAGUGUAAGAGUAUGGAUUAACUGUAUAAUUCCGAUCGGCAUUCAUGAAUCCAGACCGGCAAAAGUCCGGGAGGACCUUCCCAUCAGGUUUUCGAGCUGAGACCAGCAAUUUCGUAACAAAAACUCCAUCCUCAGUUAGUGAACGAGUUAAUUAACAAGAAGGAUCCUGUGACUGUCUGGAACAGACUUGGCGCAGUCUGGACUGGCUGUGAAUUUAACCGGUGGGCCGCCGUGGCAAUAAUCGUGGCAAUAAUCAUGGACAGCUGUCAGAAGUUAUUGUGGCAACGGGAGACAACAUUUGUUACGUUGUUAUUGCCACGCCAGAAGGCGAGUUCCUGCCGAGAAG